AUGGACUUGUACAAUGUAGUAAAUUAUCGUUACCAUUUAGAGACAAAAUAGGAACCAGAUAUUUCCUCAUUUCAUUCCACAAACAGUUUGCCUCAGCGUUAGAGUGCGACUGACAACCUUAGAGACUAACCUCCUCCUCUGUACUGUGAUGCAUUAUAACCAAUCUUUGUUUAAAAAGUCAUUUGAAUUUAAAGAAAACCCACAGGUAAACAGAGGGGCUACAAAAGUGGUGGUGGGAUGAUAGAAGCAGCUGUAUUUAUAGUCAGUCAAAUGUUGUGUCAACAGUUGUGUUUGCAUGAGCUGUAAACUUGACCUUUUAGAAACUGCGGUUGUUUAGAAAUGAUGUAAAUUAUGCACUCUGUCGUGUAUGUUUGUGACUUUAUGAAAUGAAUAGUCUCACAACCAGCUAUUUAAUGACAAAUAUGGUCACAACUGCACCCCUUCAGUCUGAAUUAAAACUUGUUUUUUUUUAACCCAGCUGACACUUAACUUCUAUCAUUUUAUCUUCAAGUGGACUGAACACAUUUGUUUUUCUUGAGCAGUGCCUGCUACACCCACACUCUUGUUUUGUUGGAUGAAUUUGGCUGCAGCAGAUGGCAGUAGUGCCUUUCGAAGGAGAAUUUGAAAUCAGCAUCACAGAAGACGGAGCAGCAGCAAACUUUACGCGCAGCUUUGGGAUGAAGUCUGGCUAUUACCUCUGUUACAGCAAGGAGUUGGCAGGUGGUAUGGUAGUGUCAGACAUUCGGCUUAUUUCAGACAAGGAGUCUAUUCCUCACGGUUAUUGCUAUAUAGCGGAGCACCUUGAACCAAAGGCCACUGUUUCGAAGAAGAAACGGGUGUGCGUGCGCGUCGUCCCAGUGGGAAGUGUGGACACGGCUGUGUUGGAUAUCAAACUGACAGCCAAAAGCAAAAUGAUGUUGCAGCACUACACAUAUGUGGGAGACAUCCAUGGCUACGUGUUGUGGUGCAGGAAGGGGUAUUUUUCUAGUCCCAUACCUCAAGCCAAGCCCCGCAGUGUCAGCCUGGACCUCCGUGGGCUCUCACUGGACCAGUCCCCGGCCCCUCAGCCCCUCAGACCCAGCAACCCUCCUCCUGCUCUGCCAUAUAAUAAACUGAGUCAGAGGCGCUGCAGCCUCCACACCAAGGACAACUUGGACAAACCUGCUGACAGCAGUAUUCAGGGAAUCACAGCUCUAGAUGGCGUUCCCUUUAGCCUUCACCCAAAGUUUGAUAUCCAAGCAAAUGGCACGACUCUGAGCUCUCCCUUAAACAGCAUUUGCAUAAAGUCUCUCCAAGACAUUGAAAAUGAGUAUAAUUACACUUUUGUUGUGGAGGAAUCUGCUGCCAAGAGGACCAGACCAUCAUUGCCAGCAGGAGGCACUCCAUCAGCUCAGUGAUCUUUGAACUCUGACAAAGUAGCAGUAUCACACUUUUUAGCAUUACAACAUUCCCACAUCGUGGUCCAGAUGAAGGAUGAUCACUCUUACAUGUACACUGCAGGCUUAUAAUAUUAGUCUUCAAGUGGAAUUAUAAUGAUUUAUCAUAACAGGGUUAAAUAAAAGGUCACCUGUGGGCACUGCCCUUCUACAUGAGACUGACGCUGACAAUCGCACAUCAAAGCCGGUUUGACUGCUUGGUUGUCAUGGCACACUUGCAUUCCUUUUUAUUUUUCUAUCAUGUCAAGUCUAUGCUGCGUUACCAUCUUUAAGCAAUCCAAGUUUUUAUUUGCCAAAGGCCUGUUUGAAUGGAAAUAUAUUUGUAAUUAUAUCGUCUUGACAUGUGUUUAGACUGUCCACCUUUUGCAGGGAUACAGCCUUUAAAGAUGUUACAACGUUAAACAUUUAAUAGAUGAAGGAUUCAGUUGGGUAUCAACCAUUCAUCUGCAGCAUUAAACCCACUGUGUCAAAAUUCAUUGUAUGCUAGAAAAUGAUUCAUUACGUCAUGAAGAAGCACCUGCGAUUGAUGUGCGCUACUUGCUCCGUUGCGUGUUGCCUGGCAUCUACGACUGCUGCGCUUUUUUAGUUGUUUCAGUCAUUAAUGUGUUGUUAGGCAGAGCUGAGACAUUGGUGGAUGAACUGUGCUGCAGAUGUUUAACUGAGCACUAGCAUAUCUAAACUAUAUGCUAUUUCUUAUAUGACGAGUAACCUUCUGUCAGGUUUGUACUAUUCCAAAAAAAUAAGGUUAUACUCUAUUUCAAAAUGAAUGGAAGAAGGUUGUAUAUUUUGCUAUGUGUCUGUCAAACUUAUACAAGAUAUGUGGUUAGCAAGAGGAGAGAAUCUGUUGUUGUUUGUCAGGGCCAAAUAAAGGGCCAAAUAUUUAUCUUUGUUAUUGUACAAUGUAUAAACUGAUGUUUUGCUGUUUUUAUGGUCUCUUAUUGCAUGGAAAAAAUAAAAAAAAAAGCUAUUAAACACGA